GGCCAGCUCCGAGUCCUGUCGGUGGGGGCAGCAGGAUGCUGGUGGAAGCAGAGGGGACAGGCCGGGUGCCUCCGCAGCUCGGCUGUCAGGGCCCGGCGGGGCGUGUGCGGCUGCUGGUGCUCGUCCCCCAGCCCCACGCGUCCCCAUGCAGCCCUGGCAGUGCCUCCGGCGCUUUGCCCUGGCCUGGUGGGAGAGGACGGCGGAGGGCAGAGCCCGCUCUCCCAGGGAGGAGGCUGGACCGAGGGACCCUGGGGGCCGAGGGGAGCCAGGGCUCCAGCGUGCGGCGGGAGGGAAGCCUCCAGGACUCUGUUCCCUCUGUUUAAAGUCUCCAGAUCCGGAGCGGAGCAGCCCCCCCAUGCUGUCUGCGGACGAUGCGGAGUACCCGCGGGAGUACCGGACCCUGGGGGGCGGGGGCGGCGGGGGCAGCGGGGGCCGGCGCUUCUCCAACGUGGGGCUGGUGCACACGUCCGAGCGGCGGCACACGGUGAUCGCGGCCCAGAGUCUGGAGGCGCUCAGCGGGCUCCAGAAGGCGGACGCCGACCGCAAGCGUGAUGCCUUCAUGGACCACCUGAAGAGCAAGUACCCACAGCACGCCCUGGCCCUGCGAGGCCAGCAGGACAGGAUGCGAGAGCAGGUUGGCGGCUGGACCGUGGACCCCGUGUGCCUCCUCAGCUCCCUCUGCUCCCACCUCCAUGGCGACUCCGCCCCCUCCGGGGCUGGCCAGCCGGCCCAGCAGCCAAACUACUGGAGUUUCAAGACCCGCAGCUCACGCCACACUCAGGGAGCCCAGCCCGGGCUGGCAGACCAGGCGGCAAAGCUGUCCUACGCCUCCGCCGAGUCGCUGGAGACCAUGUCGGAGGCCGAGCUGCCCCUGGGCUUCAGCAGGAUGAACCGCUUCCGACAGAGCCUGCCUCUCUCCCGCUCGGCCAGCCAGACCAAGCUGCGCUCCCCAGGGGUGCUGUUCCUGCAGUUCGGGGAGGAGACUCGGCGCGUGCACAUCACGCACGAGGUCAGCAGCCUGGACACGCUGCACGCACUCAUCGCGCACAUGUUCCCGCAGAAGCUCACCAUGGGCAUGCUUAAGUCGCCCAAUACCGCCAUCCUCAUCAAAGACGAGGCUCGCAACGUCUUCUACGAGCUGGAGGACGUCCGGGACAUCCAGGACCGCAGUAUUAUCAAGAUCUACAGAAAGGAGCCCCUCUACGCUGCCUUUCCUGGCUCACAUCUCACCAACGGGGACCUCCGGAGAGAGAUGGUGUACGCAUCGCGGGAGUCCUCGCCCACGCGGCGCCUCAACAACCUGUCACCAGCGCCGCACCUGGCAUCCGGCUCGCCGCCGCCGGGGCUGCCGUCGGGGCUGCCGUCCGGGCUGCAGUCCGGUUCGCCGUCGCGUUCGCGCCUAUCGUACGCCGGGGGGCGCCCGCCUUCGUACGCCGGCAGCCCGGUGCACCACGCGGCCGAGAGGCUGGGAGGCGCCCCGGCCGCCCAGGGCGUCAGCCCCAGCCCCAGCGCCAUCCUGGAGCGGCGCGACGUGAAGCCGGACGAGGACCUGGCGAGCAAGGCGGGCGGCAUGGUGCUGGUGAAAGGCGAGGGUCUCUAUGCUGACCCCUACGGGCUGCUGCACGAGGGCCGUCUGAGCCUGGCCGCGGCCGCCGGCGACCCGUUCGCCUACCCGGGCGCCGGCGGCCUCUACAAGCGCGGCUCGGUGCGCUCGCUCAGCACCUACUCGGCCGCCGCGCUGCAGUCCGAUCUGGAGGACUCCCUGUACAAGGCGGCGGGCGGCGGCGGCCCGCUGUACGGCGACGGCUACGGCUUCCGCCUGCCGCCUUCGUCACCGCAGAAGCUGGCCGACGUGGCAGCACCCCCCGGAGGUCCCCCGCCACCGCACAGCCCCUACUCGGGGCCGCCCAGCCGCGGCUCGCCAGUGCGCCAGUCCUUCCGCAAGGACUCGGGCUCCUCGUCCGUCUUUGCCGAGAGUCCUGGAGGGAAGACCCGCAGCGCGGGGAGCGCCUCGACGGCCGGAGCUCCCCCUUCGGAGCUCUUCCCUGGGCCUGGGGAACGCUCGCUGGUUGGGUUCGGGCCGCCAGUGCCAGCCAAGGACACGGAGACCAGGGAGCGCAUGGAGGCCAUGGAGAAGCAGAUUGCCAGCCUCACAGGCCUGGUGCAGAGCGCCUUACUGCGAGGCUCUGAGCCUGAGACCCCCAGCGAGAAGAUUGAAGGCUCCAAUGGAGCAGCCACCCCCUCAGCACCCUGUGGGUCAGGCGGCCGGAGCAGCGGGGCCACCCCGGUGUCCGGCCCGCCCCCGCCCUCGGCCAGCAGCACCCCCGCAGGGCAGCCUACCGCCGUUAGCCGGCUGCAGAUGCAGCUUCACCUGCGAGGCCUGCAGAACAGCGCCAGUGACUUGCGCGGCCAGCUCCAGCAGUUGCGCAAGCUCCAGCUACAGAACCAGGAGUCGGUGCGCGCGCUGCUGAAGCGCACGGAGGCAGAGCUGAGCAUGCGCGUGUCGGAGGCGGCGCGGCGGCAGGAGGACCCGCUGCAGCGGCAGCGCACCCUGGUGGAAGAGGAACGGCUGCGCUAUCUCAACGACGAGGAGCUUAUUACCCAGCAGCUCAAUGACCUGGAGAAAUCGGUGGAGAAGAUCCAGAGGGACGUGUCCCACAACCACCGGCUGGUGCCCGGCCCUGAGCUGGAGGAGAAGGCACUGGUGCUGAAGCAGCUCGGGGAGACGCUGACAGAGCUCAAGGCUCACUUCCCGGGCCUGCAGAGCAAGAUGCGGGUGGUGCUGCGUGUGGAGGUGGAGGCGGUGAAGUUCCUGAAGGAGGAGCCCCAGCGCCUGGAUGGGCUCCUCAAGCGCUGCCGCGGGGUCACGGACACGCUGGCCCAGAUCCGAAGGCAAGUUGAUGAGGGUGUGUGGCCACCCCCCAACAAUCUCCUGAGUCAGUCCCCCAAGAAGGUGGCGGCAGAGACUGACUUCAACAAGAGUGUGGACUUCGAAAUGCCACCCCCCAGCCCCCCGCUGAACCUGCAUGAGCUGAGCGGGCCAGCUGAAGGAGCCUCUCUUACCCCCAAGGGGGGCAACCCCACCAAAGGCCUGGACACUCCUGGCAAGAGAAGCGUGGACAAAGCUGUGUCUGUUGAGGCUGCAGAGCGAGACUGGGAGGAGAAGCGGGCAGCCCUGACCCAGUACAGUGCCAAGGACAUCAACCGGCUGCUGGAAGAGACACAGGCAGAGCUGCUCAAGGCCAUCCCUGACCUGGACUGUGCCAGCAAGGCCCAUCCAGGCCCGGCCCCCACUCCAGAUCACAAGCCCCCCAAGGCCCCCCACGGCCAGAAGGCAGCCCCCCGAACGGAGCCCAGUGGGAGGAGGGGCUCAGAUGAGUUGACAGUGCCCCGAUACCGCACAGAGAAGCCCUCCAAGUCGCCCCCACCGCCCCCUCCCCGCCGGAGCUUCCCCUCCUCCCAUGGCCUGACCACCACACGUACCGGAGAGGUGGUGGUCACCAGCAAGAAGGACUCGGCCUUCAUCAAGAAGGCUGAGUCCGAGGAGCUGGAGGUGCAGAAGCCCCAGGUGAAGCUGCGCCGGGCUGUGUCUGAGGUGGCCCGCCCGGCCUCCACACCACCCAUCAUGGCCUCGGCCAUCAAGGACGAGGAUGACGAGGAUCGCAUCAUCGCAGAGCUAGAGGUGUUUGAGAGAAGCUCAGUGUCUUCCCUCCCCCCCACGCCCCGCCGCCAGCUGAUCCCCACCUUGCUGUCCCCCCAGGACCUGGGGCCCCCCGGGGGCUCAGCCCCAGGCCCUACACGGAAGAGUGGCGGAGGCAGUGUACCACCCAUGAAGGUGGUGACUCCGGGGGCCUCUCGGCUGAAGGCGGCCCAGGGCCAGGCGGGCAGCCCCGACAAAAGCAAACAUGGCAAGCAGAGGGCCGAGUACAUGCGGAUCCAGGCCCAGCAGCAGGCCACUAAACCAUCUAAAGAGAUGAGCGGGUCGAAUGAGACCUCGAGCCCAGUCUCAGAAAAGCCCUCGGCUUCCAGAACCUCUAUCCCUGUAUUGACUUCCUUUGGGGCAAGGAAUUCUUCCAUCUCCUUCUAGAAGCCCCUCACCCCGCUGCCCCGCCUGUCCGCCUCCCUCACUCCUGCCAUUUCUCCCCUCUCUUCCUUCAUCUCCACCCCACCCCACUCUACUCUCCAGACGCCCUGAGGGGUGUGCCCUGAAGAGGAGUGUGCGGCCCUCCUCAGCUCCCUCUACCCAUCAUCUGUUGGUGUUUUUGGUUUUUUUUUUUUUUUUUUAACAAUUAACUUUUAAUUAUCUUUUUUUAAACCGUAAAACUAAAAACCAAACACACCACCUUCCUUGAUCCCAGCUGGCCUCUCGCUGGCCGCAUCUGUCACGUCUCUCCCUCUUCUCUUUCACCACUCUUUCCCCCAGUCCAUCCUGAAGCUCCUGCACCCCCUUCCCGCCUUCCCCUCACUUCCCAAGAAUACUCCAAACAAACUCUGAACCACGGAGACUUGGAGCAGUGGGAGACCCCUCUCCCGUUUCUCGAUACCUUCCUGGAGGAACGCGGGGACAUCGGACCAACCCAUACAUCAAGCCAGAGAGCGGGGCUUAGGGAGACUGGCCUUGGAGACGCCCCACUCCCUGUCUAAGCUCGGACAAGACUGUGACUUCCUCUGUGGCUGCUCUGCCUCCUCCCACUCACACCCCAGUGGGCCUGGAGUAGAGACGGACAGGCUGGAGACGAGGCCGGAGUUUGAGAGGCCUCAGGGUGGGUGUGAGGCCGUGGAGUCUGUAUCCCUGGGGAGGCGCUGGCCUCCUGGGCCUUGCCGUCCAGUGGGGAGUGGAGGGCAGAGGCCCUUUGGUCUGCUGGCUGUGGAGGGUGGGUUGCACGGACAGCCGGAUAUCGGGGACACUGCCUUGGGAGAGGGCGGCCCGGACGGGUAUUUGGUACUUUUAGUUUCCUGAUUUAGCACUUUAAAUGGCAUUAACUUAUUGAAUGGGGGUGGGGUGGGCAAGAGUGAGGGGCCUAGAAAACCAGGUUUUGUGGCUUGCAGUUGGGGGAAGGGUCUGGUUUGAGGGAAAUGGGAGGGUCGAGAGGGGCUUGACGGGGAGCACUGAAGACACCUGGGACCCGCAGGUGGGGUGACUUGAACUUCAGUCAUCCUCUUGGCGAUUUGAGGGUUUUCCCAGGAAAGGAUGAGACGUAGUUUUUCAAUGGGGCUCUGGUGACCCUGGUGAGAUGUCUGAAGGUCCCCGAGGCCUGACCAUCCAGCCAGUGCCCCUGGCCUGUGGACGCCCUGCCUGCCCUGCAGAGGCGGUUGGCAGUGCCGCCUGGCUUUUGGCCGGGUCUUGGGGAGGCAGAGAGAGGCCAAUUUUGGUUCUCACUCCUGGCCCCCCAGAGGGCACAGUGAGGAGCCAGUAGGGAGAGGAUAGGAGAAGAGGAGGAGCGGGGUCCCCGGCAGCAGGAUUCCCACUUGGAGCACAAAGUGAAGUAAGCACAGGGGAGGAGGACUAGAAUCAGUCCCCCAUAGCAAGCACAGAAAGGAGGAGCUGCACAGAAGGCAGAGCCCCCCAGACCCUGGGGCCUGGCUGGGGAAGGUCCGCACCUGGGGAGAGCUGGGAGCUGUUGAAGGUUUGCGGGGGAGGGGAAAUGGGUUGUGUUUCUUCAUUUCUUUUUUUGUUUUUGCCUUUGUUGGUUCAUCCUUGUUUUCUAGCUUUGGAUCAUUUUUGUACCAAGGCGAGCAAGCCUUUUUGAAAAAUAACAAAAGAGGGAAAAAAAAAAUCCCUCCUGGAAAAAAAAAACCCUGGAAAAUAGAAAAAAAAAAAAGACCUCAUAAAUGAUGCAAUUACUUUUAAUUGCAGGCAACUCUUUACAUUUAAGUGAAGUGUCUUAACAUUUUAUAUUGUUUUAAAAAUAUAUUUACAUAUUAUAUAUAUAAUAUACGUAAUAUAAAUAUAUAUAAAUAUUUAAAAAAGAAAAAAAAAAGAAAACCACGGCACUCUCCCUGGCCACUGUUUUGGCGGGGGAGGGGGGCUGGGGGGCGGGCACAUCGGCCUGGCUUCUGUGGUCCCAGUGAAAUGGUCUGGUUUGAUUUGGCUGUACAGAGACCCCCUGACUUGGGAGGGGAGGGGGGAGUGGUGCCCCCUCCUCCCUCCACUCCAUUACUCUCUGCUUGCUACUUCGCUUGCCCCCAGCUCCCACCCUCAGCCCUGUGACUGGAAUGUGUGCCCCACCGUCAUUGUCCUGAGUUGAAUGUCCCUUUGUGGGGGAGGUGGGGGGGCAGUGUCCAUCCACGAAGGGGCAGAAGGAGGGAGCCACGUGCCCCGCCCCACCCGCUCGGGUGAAGCCCAGUGGGAUUUGCAUCUUUCUUUCUCUUUGGUUCCUGCACAUUUAUGGGCUGGGAGGCAUCCGUGUGGAAUUGCGUGCAGCCUGUGUGUGUGCUGGCACAAGCCCAUGCACUAUGUGUGCAGACGCAUGGGGCCUGCACCCACAGGCAUGGCCGAGCACAUGGGUGGGGGAAGGCGUGGGCACAUAGGUGCAUGUAACCUGUUUGGGCAUUGGCACGUGCCUACCUGCAUGUUAGCGUGAGAGGAGCUUUGUGUGUGAGAACAUGUGUAAUGUGUGUGCAGACAUGCCGAGCGCCAGAGACUUGUGUGUGGGCCACGUACAUGUGGAUAGAGACGCAUACAUGGAGGUGCAUGUAAUCUGUGUCUCCGAGUGUGUGUGUGCACGUAUGUGUGCUGGUGCAGACCCAAGUGUGUGGGUGUGCCUCUGUGUGCGUGUGUUCCAUCAUCCCUGCACCACUGGCUCCAGAUCCCUUCCUGAGCCCCCGUCCCCGCUGGCCCUCUCACAGCCUGCAGCACAUCAGUGCCCCCAGCUGCAUGCGCCUCGCUGCUCUGUCCAUCAGUGUGUGCUUGACCAAGAGAAAACUAAGACGUCUCGGGGGACCCCUGUACCUGGUCCUCUCAGCCCCCGCCCACUGUGCUGUGUUACUCGCAUGGGGGAUUUCCUGCCCCUUCCACAAUAUGCUGUUUCCCCAGGAGCCUCAGGCCUGAGGCUCUGAGUGGGGUCCCCAGGGGGCCCCCCGGGGUGAGCCCCGGCUCCACACCCUGCCCCAUCCACCCUGUAGGGCCCAUGUUGGUGUAGCGGUGAUGGCUUCUGUGGAUAUUCUGUGACCUCUGUCGGUGUAACUUGACAAUUUCUAAAUGGAAAAGGGUUGCUGUGUUUUCUCUGUCUCUCUUUUUUAAUGUCCUUUUUUCUUCUCCCCCCCCUCCCUGCUCUCUUUCCUUUUCAGUUUUUCUAGCCAAGUGUUUGGGGCUUUAAUAAAACUUGUUUCUUUUUCCUCUCCUGGA